UUUUCUUCACUCCCAGUCUUUCCUUCAGUCUGUCCUUAUACUGACCCCACGACUCUCACGGCCGCCCGUCUACUCCUGCCUCGGGAUUCAGCCAGCCAGCAACGGCCUCAAUUUAUCCGUAAUUUAGCGGCGACCGAAAGGAAAACGAAGCGAGGCGUGCAGAUUGACGUCGCUCGCGCCUAGGGAGGACUCUCUUAUACGGAGCUGUACAGCAUCUCACGCCUUACUCCCACCUACAAAUACCAGGGGCACCUCGAUACCGACAGCGACCAUGACACAGACGUACUGCACAGCGCGCAGUACCUAUAGCAGCACGGCCACUGCAACCGAAUCGUAUGAGGAACCUACAGUAGGCACAUCUUCGGGGACGAAAUUCGACCUCGAUCAGGAACGCGCGAGAAAGCGGCGGCGGCACUCUUCGUACAACCCGCGAUCAUGGAGCACAGAGAGGGAAAAUGUGCAGAUCUUGGUCGACCAAUUCUUGAGCGACUUGGGCCGGAGACUGGAGAUGGUGGAGCAGUAUGGACACCUCAAAUUUGACGAAAGCGUCAAGAGCCUACACGAAACACUACGGGAGGUGCACGAGCGCUGUUCGAGAACGAGAGACGACAUAUUGGAUGCAGGCCGGAGGCGACACAAGAUUUUGGUGGAGACGCUGGAGUCAAACUAUCGCGAUGCUCUUGCCAAGAGGGAUACCCUCGAAGCCAAGGUGCAAGCAGGUAUAAAAAUGCUCGAAGAGAAUCUCGCCGCUCUGGAGCAACGUGCAUAUCAUAUUCGGGAUGUUGGUCUUGGUGUGACCGCCAGCGAGAUGCUGGACUCGAGUAUCGCCUACAUGGAUGACAAGGCGACCAAAGCUGGCCAGAUGAUGCACGAGGGUGCCGAUGCGGCAUGGAGAGCAAAGGAGCGCAUGAAGAUGAAGAUCGAGACUGCACUUGCUCAUGCCAAGAAGCACGGCUUGGUCCCGUACGAAAUGCUACCCGAGCCCUGGCGUGUCAAUCCAUACAUCCUCAGUGGUUAUCGAUUCUCUGAGACCAAAGUCCACUGCAUUACAUCUUGCUUCAGACUCUCGAACGAGUUCGUGAACAUCUGGUCGCACGCCAUUGGCCUCAUAAUAGUCCUGGCUCUGGCCUUCUACGUUUAUCCUUCGACGCCUGCUUUCACUUCUGCUACGAAGUUCGACAUAUUCAUUGCUGGCUGUUUCUUCUUUGCAGCAUGCAAGUGCCUGGUGUGCAGCUGCAUGUGGCAUGCAAUGUCGUCCAUUAGCAAUCAGACGCUUAUGGAGCGCUUUGCCUGUGUCGACUACACUGGCAUUUCUUUACUGGUCGCGGCCAGCAUUAUGACUACUGAAUAUACAGCAUUCUACUGCGAGCCCAUUUCGCGAUGGAUCUACAUGUCGCUGACUUUCGUGCUUGGAAUCGGCGGCACGAUAGUACCUUGGCAUCCAUUCUUCAACCGGGCAGACAUGUCUUGGGCUCGUGUCGCCUUCUACGUCAGUCUUGCAACUACAGGAUUCUUUCCUAUUGCACAGCUCACCUAUGAGCGCGGCUGGCACGAGACCGCAUACUUCUACGCUCCGAUUGCAAAGUCCAUCUUGGUCUACCUGGGUGGCGCCAUCCUGUACGCAGCCAAGAUUCCUGAGCGUUUCUUGCCAGGCUGGUUCGACUACGCCGGUGGCAGCCACAAUAUCUGGCAUAUUGCUGUCCUCGGCGGCAUACUAUUCCACUAUUCUGCGAUGCAGUCAUUCUUCGGCGAAGCUUUCCGCAGAGCAUCCAUGUCUGUAGAUGGAUGCUCGACAUAUUGAUUGCACACACGUCUUUGAAGCGUUCCUAGCGACUACAUGUUCGACGCAUUGAAAAUUUUGGAGGAUAGAUGACUAGAUGCUGCGUCUCAACACGCGCUUCGCAUAGCAGGCUGUCUUGCUCUGUAUAUACGACAGCGAGGAGCGUGGGUUUCAUGAGUACGGCAUUGCAUGGCAUUAUAUUUGGCGCGCGAGAAAGCUAAGAUUCGGCGAAUCUUGGCUGAUUUCCCUGGUAGCAACUAGUUCACAUGACGGAAAGAACAGUUGGAAGAACUUGUCCGCAUGCACAUUUUCCUUCUUCGAGCACUAUCGUUUCAGUCACUGGCGAGGCCUGGCAGUUCGUAACAGCGAGGUUUAAUCCUUGCUACAAGCAUGACGGACUUCGAAUCGAACGCUUCCGAAGACUUCGCAUGCAUGAAGUUCGCGUGCGAACCAGGAAGAUCGCUGCGUGAAAUAGAUCAUAGCUCGUGUAGCGCACGACUUCUUUUCGGAUCACUGACCACGUUCUGAGCAUAGCACACCCGUGGACGAGUCUCACGCUACAACUUCCUGCGCGGGAGCGGGUAUCACACCAGAUAUGGUCAAACAAACAGUACAUGAUUGCUUCGAGCAUGCACACUCUUGACUUUCCUGCUCACAGAAUGCCGCGGGAUUCCAAUCUCAUAAGUUCUUACACAAUGGCAUUCUCAAGAAAGACUUUCGAGUGAUGGUGGAAGUGGAAGUGCGUUUGGUGCGAGAUGUCCGGGUUCGGGAAUUGCUGCUCCUACUGAUGAGAUGACUAGGCCGAGUCUGAGAAGACUGCUUUGGAUGAGACGAAGUAGAGCCGCGACCUGUGUUGAGUGGUGCACCGAGGCUACGGCUUGUUGAUGGGAAGGUGAGAGGGAGGGAGAAUGUGGAUCCGAAUUCUUUUGGUAUCGGUCAGGCUCUUUGACGGGCAGUGAGUGUACCGACAACUGAGAUUACCGCAUUUAUGAAACACGAGCUCACGUGGAGCUACGGGCUUUUGGUUCAUAUUUUGC